GAUUGUAUUGGUGCAAUUGAUGGAACACACAUACGUGUUAAAGUUUCACAAAGUGAAGCACCUAAAUAUCGUGGGAGGAAAGAUUAUCCAACACAAAAUGUCUUGGCUGCAUGUACCUUUGAUUUAAAAUUCACAUAUGUUUUAGCUGGGCGGGAAGGGACGACAUCUGAUUCAAGAAUCAUGAAAGAAGCACUAAACAAACAAGACCCACUAAGAAUUCCAGAAGCAUUUGGAGUUCUUAAAAAGAGAUUUCCGAUAAUUGCUAGUUCUACAGAGCCAUCAUAUGGUGUUGACACCCAAAAACUUAUUAUAUUUGCAUGUUGUAUUUUGCACAACUACUUAAGAGGUGUAGAUCCAGAUGAUUGGUUACUUGCGGAGGUUGAUGCAGAGCUUAUUAACGAUACAAAUGUGCUUGAAGAACCUUCAAAUAGCAAGGAAAGUAAUGAGGAGUUUAAGAAAGGAGAGUUUAUUCGAGAUCACAUAGCAACGGAUAUGUGGCUUGACUACCUUGCUUAA